AUGGGGGAAGCAACUGCACCAGCAGCGCAAAAGUUCUACACGGUGGGUGACAAAGAUGAAUUUGACCCAGAGAAUUGGACGUCCAGUACUCCGAAUGAGCUGCCAAAACGUGACCCAGAGACGCAUGUCAAAGUGCUGAUUGUUGGAGCCGGGUUCGCUGGCCUGAUGACGGCGUUGGAGUGCUGGAGAAAAGGGCAUAAUGUCGUGGGGAUUCUAGAGCGGAACGAUGGCCCUAAUUACAGCGGAGAUCUUAUUAUUAUCCAACCCUCAGCGAUCGCCGUCUUCCGUCACUGGCCCGACAUGCUUCGUGAGCUCGAAGAAGACAAAGUUACAGCCCCAACCUAUUAUUAUAGGCACACCAGUGAGCUCAUUUACGGACCUUCAGAACCCAGCUACAAUGAUCCCGAGCACUUAGCGGAGCGAGAGAACUUCCCGUAUGUGGGACCUGUACAGAUCCGAAAGAAGUUCUACAGAAUGCUGUUGCGUCAGGUGGCUAAGAUAGGCAUCAAAGUUGACUACGGGCAACGUGUUGAUCAAUACUUCGAGGAUGAAAAGGCUGGGGUGGGCGGAGUUGUGAUAGAAGAUGGCUCAGUUCGAGUAGCCGAUAUAGUUGUUGCAGCUGAUGCCUUCAAGUCUCGAUCCGAACUUCUAAUCGCUGGAAAACACAUGCCCACCCGGUCAAGCGGUAUGUCCGUCUACCGUGUAUCCUUCCCAGGCCACCUUGCCAUGCAAGAUGAAGAAGUCCGGAAGCGGUGGGAAGGCGUCUCGGCAAAUGAGUUCUGGCUUGGAGCUGGCAUGCAUAUCGGAUUGUACGUAUCACCAGAUCUAGUGGCCUUCGGGAUCACUCCACGAGACGAGUUCUUGGUGGAGGGGAGUGCCAAGGCCAAGGAGUCGUGGGAUCCGGACGUCGACCCUGAAGAGGUAAUUCAGUUACUCCGUCGCUUGCCUGGCUGGCAUCCGGCAGUUGAGGCACUGAUACGUGCUACCCCUAGGGGAAGCUUGAUCCACUGGCCACUUCUAUGGCGCAAUCUGCGUCCGGAGUGGACGUCUAAAGGGGGGCGAGUCGUGCAGGUGGGAGACUGCGCACAUUCCACGAUUCCAGCAUCAGUCAGCGGUGGGACUCUAGCUCUCGAGGACACAAUAACUCUGGCAUCAAGCUUGCAGUUAGCAUCUCAUGGGGGUCCCAGUGGUGCACCUCUUGGAGCGAAAGUUUACAAUCUUUUACGAUACCAACGUGUCAGCUGCACGCAAAAGAUGGCCUUUGUAAACUCACAGCUCUUGAACGCCACUAGUGAUUGGGAUGUCAUCAUGAAGGAUCCGAAGACGGUGCGCCUGCGUUUUCCCAAGUGGGUAUUCAAACAUGACCCCGAAGCCUAUGUGUAUGAGAAAUAUGGGCAGGCUUUUGCGCAUCUUGUCACUGGUGCUAAGUUUGAGAAUACCAACUUCCCCCCAGGACAUAAGUUUGUACCCUGGACAAUUGAAGACGUCUAUAAGGACAUUGGAGAAGGAAAGAAAAUUGAGCAGUUGCUGGAUGGUGACUGGUCUUGA